GCGGAAAUGCGCUUAGGGGGCGCCCCCGGUGGCGGAGACCCCCUAGCGAUGGGUGGCGGGAACGAUUAUGCCGAACUGUGCGACCUGGGCCCGUCCCGGUGGAGCUCCAGGAGCGGCUACCAGCAGGUCUCGCCGCCGGUCAAUUCGAUCUACCACCACACUGGCGGCAGUAUUGCUGGUGUCGGCGGCGGCGGCGUCGGUGGAUCCAUGACCGGUGGUGGCCCCAGCAGCGGAGUCGGUGUCGGUCACGGGAGCCUUGGCGGGGGCAGCUCCGGUGUAGGAGGCCAUGGUUCGGGCGGUGGCCACGGGACCACACUCCGCUCGAACAGCUUCGAAGCCGAGGAUGUGAUCGGCCCGUACGGCAGCACCCGGAUAGGCAACAGCACAAGCUCCCUGCGAGGACGUUCAGGUUUAUAUUAUUCACCACCCGGUACUUCAUAUACAAUAGUAGAAAGAGAAAGACCACACUCUCCUCAUUAUUAUUAUAACACAGCCGGUGUCCCUUCCAAAGGAGGUUCAUUGCCAAGUAGAAGUAGUUAUUUAGACUCAGCUAGUUUAGGUGUUUCAACUGGUGCAGGUACAGUUCCAAAUUCUACCAGACAUAAUGGUAAGAAGCGACCUAUCUCACCAGAGCAGGUCCUAAGAAUGUUUAACACAACAAGUUCGUCUUCUUCAGUUCCUACUAGUUAUCAUAGUAAUGGCACGCGAGAUCGAGGCCGUCGCAGUCCUGCCAGCAGUCCGCCUUCUACUACCCACCAGAUCUAUCGUGAUCGGGAACGGGAUCGUAAUAUACCGAGUAUUCACUCACUGACGACGCGCACGGUGAACAUGUCACGUGACCAGCAAACCGAAGCUAGUCACGGGUUCGGCAUCUGCGUCAAAGGAGGCAAGGAUUCAGGUGAGUGUGUUGGCGUGUACAUAUCGCGGAUAGAGGAAGGUUCGCUAGCGGAACGGGCCGGUUUGAGGCCCGGCGACACGAUACUGGAAGUGAACGGGACACCGUUCACGUCCAUCAACCACGAGGAAGCGCUCAAGAGAUGUGUGCAGAUCCUGAAAUCGUCGCGCCAAAUCAGCAUGACGGUCCGGGCACCUCCGUCGGCGGCGACUUCGAUGAUCAACUCUACCGCCCCGCUGCACGGGUUCGGUCCCCCUCCGAGCGUGGUUGGCAGCACCAGCCGACUGGCAGCUGCCGUCGCCGAUCCGCUGGGGGGUCCCUCGCUUGUCGGUGUCGGCCCCGGAUCCACCGUCGGUUCGGUCGGAGGAGGCCCGGUCGGAGUUUACCCACCACCACCGAACCGGCAAACGUGCUCUUGGAUGGACCGCCAGGGGCGACCUGCUUCGCCACCGUACGAUUACGGUGGCCGUCGGCCGGAACGAAGGGAUCGAGUUCGGCGAGUUGACCUAGUGAUAGAACCCGGCCAAUCCCUCGGACUGAUGAUACGGGGUGGUGUGGAGUAUGGUUUGGGAAUUUUUAUCACCGGCGUCGACAAGGAUAGCGUUGCGGACCGGGCCGGACUGAUGGUCGGUGAUCAGAUCCUAGAGGUGAAUAAUCAAUCAUUCAUGGAUGUGACCCAUGACGAGGCUGUUAGUCAAUUCAAGUUCCACAAGCGGAUGUCGCUGCUGGUGCGGGACGUCGGAAAAGUGCCACACUCGUGUACCACCGUUGAGCCAGAACCGUGGGAUGCCUACAGUCCGACCGGAGCGAGAACCCGCCGGAAAUGUCCGGUGUCAGCGAUGGUGGAAGAAAAAGCCAGAUCCCUAUUACCUCGUCAUCAUUUUGCUAACCUAUCGUAUUAUAUAGCGGAAUAUGGUGCUAGAGGAAUGACCAUAGAGGCCUUCGUAUCUGUUUUAUUAGAAAUGUUAGAUACACCCGAAAAGCAUACUUUAGUGACAGAAAUAAGAGAAUUAAUUUUUCCUGAAGAUAGAACGCGGUACGACGAACUUGUAUAUAGGAGAGGGAGAGACAUUUACGGUGAUCCACUAGAUAGGCAUAGGAGAAAAGAUCAUUUACCUCAUUCGCAUGACCUACCGGUAAGUACUGGAACCUAAUGUUACAAUUCGGCUUGAAAUAUUCAUUAGCAAAUGACAGAAAGCAACACCGUGAGAAAGGAUACUGAACUUCGAUUUGAUGCGAUAUUUUUUAAAGAGUUUGUUGUCCUCCUCACAUCACACCAAUUUCGUUCACACUUACUGUUUCAACUUAGAGGUAGAUUACACAAUUGGUACUUAGAUUGCGGCUAGUUUGACAAAUUUAGGAGAGAAUCGAAACCGACUGAAGCAGUAAUUGGUACGACUUCGGAAUUAAUUUCCGCUUCACAAUUUAUCUCAAUCUGCUUCAAAGUUUGCUUCCAUAAUUCACAAUUUUACGCUCAUAUUUCGCGUUUUCUAUUUUACUUUAAUUUUUCCGAUGACAAAAAACAAUUUCGCCUUAUAAAAUCGCAUGAAUUAUUUGACACUUGACACUUUCAGCUUAUAUCACACUUAUGACACUUAAUAAUCCGUCGAGUCGCUGCUCGAUUCAAGGUAUCCGAAAGUUGAAAUUUUAAAUGCAAUAUCACACCUACACGUUGUUUAGAUUAAUACUCAUAAGCAGGCUAUCUUUGCCGGAACAGGUACUUGUCUUUCAUGUCGUUUGUCAAUUAAAACUAAGCGCACUUGAAAUCGAUAGUGCUUUCGAAUACUCGAGAAUUACUUACUUUAAAUAGUUUCAUCGAUUGUCUACCGACUGGGGAACAGAAGUGGGUCACGCGAUUGGCAUUUACGAUCGUUUCAGGUAAACUUUGGAAAUUGUUCAGAUUUGAGCCAUUGAUCCAACGGUUUGCGAACUCUGAAGUGG